AUGUUCUUUAAGGAAAGGAGAGCUUUAUCCAAUAACAAAUCAUAUCAAGAUUAUGAGGAUACCAAAAUUCAACUCGACUUAAUUGAUAAAUUCAUUAAUCCUUCAUUUGAAAAUCCCAUUAAUCAACAACCUAGUCAAAAAAGUGGAAUAAGACAAAAAAAUAAAAUCGAUAAAUCUUUUCAGAUUCCUAAAGUAGUUGUGUUUCCUGAAGAUAAACUAAAUGAAGAAGUGGCUCAAAUGUAAUAAGCAUUAGAUCAAUAAAGCCAAACUCUUAAACUACUCUUGAAAGAACAACAAGAAAUCAAUAAAAAUCAAGCUCUAAAGUAAAAACUUGAUUAUCUCAAAACUCAAGUGCAAAACCUUCAUCUUAAAUUGCCAAAGCUUCCCCAAUAUGACUAAUUGUAUGAAAUCAAACAUGAAAUCAAUUCACUACGGUAUUCCUUUUUCCAGAACUCCCCACGAAAACCAUUUGUCUAACCCCCUUAGAUCAUCUAUCAACAGUUGCCCUAACCUAUUUCGUAACAAUAAUUUUUAUAAGCAUCCCUUCCUUAAAGAGGCUAUCAUCCCUUACAACAUUUAAUGAAUCCCUAUUAAAAUCCCUAUAACCCCCAUUCACAUAGGGUUAAAUCCUACACCAAAGACAAAUACACAAACCUAAAAGGCAAAAAUAAGAAAAAAAAUUAAAACAAAACCUAAAAUUCUGUCUCUUAAAUUACUGAUUCAGAAAGAAGUAGUAGUCAAUCCAUCCCUUACGUUUCUAAAAGAGUAAACUAAAAACCCAAAUAAAAGAUUUUCAUGAAAGAACCAGAAUGCCAAGAAUAAAAGAAAGUUGAAAAAUCUAAAUUGAAAAAUAUAUUCAAUGCUGUAAGAUUUGCAAUGAGAUGGAAAAUCUACUGUAGACCCAAUAAAAUCUUAUGGAGAAAGCUAAUGAAACGAUCAGUUGAAUGCAAAUCUCUUAUCUCAAAAACAUCAUAUCCAGUAUUAAUGAAACGAAUUAGAGAUUGGUGUAAAAUGGUAUUGGCUAAAGUGGAUAAUUAUUUGAGCAAAAUCAAGGAAAUCGAUUUUAUUAAUCCAGAAAAAUUACUGACAGAAACAGAAAUUGAUUAAUCAUUUAUGUAACUUACUAUUUCAACUAAAUAUUUAAUGACAAGUUUACUAACAUAUUGUACAAGUGAUUUUCUGAUCCCAGAAAUUAAAUAUUUAUCCUAUUUGUAGUUCUUCGAAGAACCCAAUAUAGACAGAGGCCUAUUUAUAUCCAAACGAGUAUAAUUUUGGAAGGAAAAUCAAUUAGCAAUGACUAAAAUUCAAUAAUAAAUGAUCAUAGGCGAUCUUGUUAUUAUAGUACAUAUUUUACCAGCUUUAUUUGAUAUUUCAGGAUCUUAAUUUCUUAUUAAAUGCAUGGUAUCAUUAGUUUAAAUUCAUUUUAUGAAAUAUUUUGACCUUCCAAUUGUAAAUCCAAAUCCAGAUUAUAGACUAAUCUAAUUAAAUGUAAAAGAAGUGAGUGGAAAAUUCUAAGCGAAAUUAUAAAAAGUUGAAAAUCUUGAAGAUGACAGAUACAUCAUUGGAGUAUAUGAAGAAUAGAAAUUUCAAUAAUUUUUCCAAAAAAGGCCCUAUUUUUAAGAUGAUAUGUAAAACACUCUUUCUGAAAUACAUACAAACUUACUAUAAGCAUUAAUUAGUAAAUGA